AAGUCACCCACAAACCACUUGUAUAGGAAACGACUGGUUGGUUGUCAGACUCCUUGUUUAUCGAUGGUGGAUUGUUCACUGGUCUGCAUGGCAUCAACUGAGCAGCAUUUGAAGAUGAUGCGAUUGCUGAUCCUGUGUCUGCUGCUGAUGCUGCCAGCUGCUCCGGCUGUUUCAGAAGAGACUGAAGCAUCCGCUGAUGGAGGUCUGGAUGAUGAUGAUGAGGAUUCAUCAAUCGAAAAAGUCGUUCGGAAUCUUCAUGGCCCAGGUGAACCUGCAGGUGUAAAAGAAACACAAGAUAAUUUGAUCCUGAUUAUCAUCAUUGUAGCUGUGGCUGUGUUGACUCUUUCGGGCGCUGCGAUAAUCACUCUAGUGCUAGUAAGACGCCACCUGCACAAUCGACAGCAAGGGAUCUACUUCGUGCCUACAGAGCAGGAUCAGAAAGGGGCCAUCUAGUUUCUGGUGGAGCAGCAGUUUUAAUACCACACAAAAGAGGACCCAUGCACGCGGCGAUGCCAUCGCCGACUCUUUGACUCAGACAGUUAGACUUCUUUGCACAACAGCCUGCUUCUCACCAUUCACUUCAUUGCCGCUCUCGUUGAUCCAUAUGCGUAUGUGUUUUAUUAAUUAUUAUUUUUACUGUUGUGUACUCUUGUCUUUGUCCCAAUUGUUUAUCCACCACGUACACGCAAUUUUUCCAGGGACAUUUGGAACACAUUCAAACCUUCUAAUUGGAUUCUAUUUGAGGAAUACAAAUCAAAAGCCAGUGAAUAUGGUUUAAAGCUUCUUUUGUUAAAAGGGAUAAUUUAGCACAGUCGGAGCUCCCCCUUUUUUUACUACCUGAAACAAGAAAUUAUUCGCAUCAGCUAUGCAAUGAAACUACAUUUGCAUUUGAUUUGGUAAAUGUUGAAAAGACCUGUCUAAUCCACGCUAAGCCAGGCUAGUGCUCACUUCAUUCUCCUAUUCACUUGUCUGACACCUUCUGUUCUUGGCCCAUUGGUAAUGACAGGAGGGAGUUCAAAAGGAAGAUAACAAACUUGUUCCACCUCUCAACCUCAGUAAAAAAGCAGAAAUAGCCAGUGUGAAUAUUAUUGCAGGGAAUGAAUAAUGUUGUCUUUCCCCCUCACUCUCGUUUUGAAAGUAGUUCCCUUUAGUCCCGUAGAUUGUAAAUACAGACGUUUUCUUCUCGUAGAAAGAAGCUGGGUGUGAGUUAGGGAUCAAAUUUCACAAAUCAAAUAAAGAUGGAGAUGAUUGGUAGAAACAACAACAAUGCCUUGGUUCUUUCAUAGAGAGCAUGAUGGCUUCUCCGUUUUCAUUUAAAUGGAAAUCAAUCAUGCCCUGUGAAAGAAAGCUUUCUCUCCAGGAACCUGAGGCACUGGUUGCCUUAUUUGUUCCAAUAUGGAGAUGGGCACCUUCUGUGGCAAAUGUUGAAAGGGAAUGGAACUUGCUCCUGUUCGACAUGGCAGUAUUCAUGAGGUCACUUGUAGUGGAAUAAGCAACACAGUGAAUGGCUACAUUGGGUUAAACACUGGAUUUGUCAAAGCAGGAUCUCACUUUGCUUCCACUAAAUCUUGCAGCUAAUCUUGCCACUGGAGACAGGUCUUGGCUCCACUCCAGCCACACUUGAGAGCAAAAACAAUUGUGCAGUCACGUCCUCUUCAGGGUGUACAGUAGCUAUUGAUUUGUGCUAAAGCAUUGUCUAAAAAAUGAUGCAUCCUGGUUUAUAAAACACAAACAAAUCUGCAGAUGUGAUUAUUGUUUGUGCAUUUGUUUUACUGUUUGUAUUUGAGCAAUGUGUGUACAGUAUGUGUUGUUUCUAAAAAAGUAUAGCAUUGCCCGAUACGUCUUUAAUAUCUGUCAGCAUUUCAAAGGGAGUACAAUUGAACACAAUUUGCAGUACAAAACAUUUCAGUUAUAUUAUGUCAUGCCUUUAGUCAUAUUCACUGUUUCUGUUGGACAAACAAUCCACAAUUGAGACAUUUGAGCAGCGUUUUCACUUUCAGGGCUUUUCUUUCUUCGACUUAUUAAAGAAAGCAAACAUAGUGCAGAUACAUAUUAUUAGUAUUUGGUCCAGCUUGCUCCCAGCAUGUGACCAAACUCAACUCAAUUAUUCUUUUUUUUAAAGCUUCUCUGCUGUGACACUACUCAUGUUAAUAUAAGAAAUGUAAAUGUGUGUUCUUUCUCACAAAAAUGUAUGUUUAGAUUGAGGUUAGUUUUUGUUUUGGUGCAUGCAGGCUAGAGUACAGUGUCUAUAAAAGCUCUAUGUACUAUAACUUUAGAAAACACGUGACAAACUCAAGCAAAUGAAGAAAACACCUUCGUCGAUGUGAACAGAAUUUACAAAGAAAUGCAGAAAACGCAACCGGCCAGAUGUGUCUGCAAUGACCACCGCUGCAUUGUGUAGAUGAAUAAAUACAACCCACAAUUGGCUAACCCCCAGUCGACACACCAAUGCGUUGUAAGGCGUUGUUAAACACAUUUCAUUCAAAUUCCACAACAAGCGGCAACAUAUGUGAGCAACCAGCUUGUAGUCUUCAUAUAAGACACGUCAAACAAAAACUAAAUGAAACUCUCACAAAAUAAAAGUGUGCAAACUAUAUUCACCCGACUGUGUGUCUCACUCACUGAUUAUGUGAUGCACUCAGCUGUGUUUCACGAGCGGCCCCUGUCCGGGGGUCGGUUACCAUUUGAGUGAGGAGUCGGCAGGCAGUCGAUGGCCGUACAAAACAAGCAAAACAUUAUUGUUUUGGAGAAAAUGUGAGUCACCACAACUUCUGAUCAUUUUCUGCUCUUUUCGGCAUUUUUUGUAUUGGGUGGUUUUCUAGGACACAAUGUUCUCCCCGUUGCUUGUGUCUGGUCCUGCUUGUGCAGUUAGUUUAGCCUUUAAUAUAUUAUAUGUAUUUACAGAUUCACUGACCUAAAUAUUUGUAUUAUGUCUAUUCAUGGGAGAAAAUAUGUAUUUGACCAAAUGGUCUUUUUAUACAUGAAUUGUUUAGGGGUGAUGUCUUCUCCAUUGUUCAUUUAUACAUUCUGUGUAAAACAUGUUGUGGGAGUCAGUUAUUUUGCAAAAGCUUUAUUAUGUAAAAUAUUUGUAUUUGUGUCAUAUUGCAGCUUUUUUCAAAUUUGGACUUAAUGUUGAAUACAUGUUUGUACCCAGAUGAACCCAUACUGUAUCUAUUAUGCUUGCCAAUGGCAUUUACAUUAGUUUUAUUAUAUCAUUAUUACAAAGUUUAUAAUAUAUAACCAUCUAGGUCAUGAGAGAACAACUGCAUUCAUAUCAAAUCAUAAAUCAAUUCUGUUUUCACAUAUAAUCUCUCUUUUAUUGUGUUCUGGUAGCAAUUAGAACAGUUAAUACUAUUGUAUAUCGUAUAAAUAUAACUACGCUGAACUCUGUGUUGCUUUUGACAUUAAAUCUGUUUUAAAAUAU